UUCAGCCCAUGGCGUCACUUGUCAGUCUCAGCCCAAAAUAACCCAAAGGCAGCACGACGCGAGGCUGCCAGCGUCCUAGUGACUGGGCACAAACGUUCGCCUUCUCUCAUGCUGAUUUGCAAACAAAAAGCGCUACCGUAGGAUGAGUCGCCCCGGUGAAUGACUUGAUGCGGCUGUGAGUUCCCUCUUCUUCUUGAUUUAUUUCCUCGCCGUUGAGAAUGGUGCGCAACGUGGACGACCUCGACUUCUGCCUGCCGUCGCACCCGCAGACCAUACUGGAGGGCCUGCGCUCCCUGUGCUCUCAACCCAAGAUGGUGGACGUGACGCUGAGCGCCGGGGGCCGUGACUUCCCGUGCCACCGAGGGGUCCUGGCCCUCUGCAGCGCCUACUUCGGAAGCAUGUUUUCGGGUGACUUCGUCGAGAGCAUCGCGGCCCGUGUGGAGCUCCAAGAAGUCGACCCGGAUAUACUGGGCUGUCUGCUGGACUUUGCCUACACGGGCAAGCUGACCAUCAACCAGAGCAACGUGGAGGGUCUGAUCCGCACCUCCAGCCGGCUGCAGUUCCAGACAGUCCGCGCUGUGUGCACGCGCUACCUCCAGCAUCAGAUCGACGCUACCAAUUGCCUGGGCAUCCUGGAGUUCGGCGAGAUCCACGGUUGCCCCGAGGUGGUGGCCAAGGCGCGGGCCUUCCUCUUAGAGAACUUUGAGGCAGUCCAGAUGAGCGAGGAGUUCUUACUCCAGGAGAAAAACCGCCUGGUCUCCUGCCUGAGCCACGACGGCCUCCAGAUCCGAUGCGAGCGUACCCGCGUGGAGGCCGUGGUCAAGUGGGUCGGGCACCGGCAGGAGCCACGUUUGGCCCAUAUGCCGGAGCUUCUGGGCCUGUGCAGACUGGAGCUGCUCGAUCGGGAUUACCUGAGAGGGACGCUGAUGCAGGACCCUCUGGUGCAAUCCUCGGACGGCUGCAGGGAGGUGUUGGAGAAGGUCCACAUGGAGACAAUGCAUUUGGCUGCGGAGUGCGCGGGCACUGCGGACGGCCAAAGUCCGCAGCCCAACUUGCAGGAAGUCCUCUUCGUCAUGGGGGGUCGCUCCCUGGAUGACGACUCCGACGAUGACGAUUCGGACGACGAGGACGGCGAGCGAGCGAGAGCGAGAGAGCGCAGAGCUCAGCCCAGGAACUGCGCCUUCUACAACACCAAGACAAAACAGUGGCACGAGCUCCCGAAUUUCCCCAACCCCAACAAAUGGGGCUUUUCUAUGUUGUCGCUGAAUAAUGACGUCUACGUCACAGGUGAACAUCCGUCCGUCCGUCCGGCUGCCUGCGUUAGCAUCAUUUUAGCGCUCAAACAAAAUGUCUCCUCUGUAGGUGGCUCGCGGGGCUCCAACACCAACACCUGGUCCACCACGGAGACAUGGAAGUACAUCACCAAGGAGGGGCGGUGGGUCACAGUGGCGCCCAUGCUCCGACCUCGCACCAAUCACUCAUCGGCCACGCUCAACGGAGAGAUUUACGUCAUUGGAGGUACGACGUUGACCCGCGUGGAGGUGGAGCGUUACGACCCGUACCACAACACCUGGACCGCUACGUGUCCCGCCGUCAAGUACGUAACCAACUUCACGUGUACGGCGUGCCAGGGAAAGCUCUACGUUAUCGGCUCCUGCGCCGUCAAGUACAACCCCUUGACCAUGCAGUGCUACAACCCCGUCAUAGACAGCUGGAUGAAUAUCUGCUCCCCAUUCAUCCCCAAGUACCUUUCAUCUCCUCGCUCGGUGUGCAUGGAGGGAAACAUCUACCUGCUGGCUGACAACACUAAAAAAGUCUACUCCUACGACCCCGAUGCUAACAUGUGGCAGAAGAUCCAGCUGCUCCACAUGCUGCACGAGAACGGCGGACUGGUGUCGCUGGAUGGGAGGCUUUACGUGACGGGUGGCCACUGGAAGGGCAUGGAGGGUGACUACGGCGUGGAGGUGGAGGUGUACAAUCGGGCUUCCGACACCUGGGAGGUGGAGGGAGUUCUGCCCAGACUCUGGUUCUACAGCGGCGUAUCCACCAUCUUCCUCGACCCCUCCAACUGGCCUCGUGUCUUCCCCGCAGACGACACGUAGGUGACGUCACGUGAUGGGUGGAGGAGCGAGAGCUUUGUGGUGGUUUAGUUACAAGCAGUGGCGCCUGGACAAAUGCACCAACUUUAUGAGUUUUUCCAGUGGCAAACAGUCGCUUGGUCCAUUUUUUGCUUUGCGUGUGUCAGACACGCUGCCGCUUGAAGCAAUACUAGGUACUGUUAUGCCCUCGCAUGUGGGCAAGGAGAGCCAAAGUUGCCACUACACUUUCAUCUAUUUCCGGAGAAACAGGAGAAACAAGUCAAAAUGAACAAUUGAUUUUUAAAUACAGCUUAAUUCUUCUCCAAUUAUGACUUUAUAUAGUAAGGUUGUACU